ACAGCAGCAGGACAUCCCAGGCCCAGCCCCAGCCCCUGGGACUCUGACCCAAUACCCCUUGCCAUUGCCACAUCUCCAGAUGCUCUUCCAGCUCGACAUGCUGCGGGGUGGCCUCCUCCUCAUGGUUGCCACCGUGUCUGUGGCUCAACAGAUAAGGCAGGAGACGGAUAGCGACCAUGAGACACUUGUAGUCCAGCACGGCCACUGUCGCUACACCUUCUUGCUGCCCAAGUCCGAGCCCUGCCCUCCAGCACCUGAGCCCUCUGGGGACUCCAGCAGCUUCCAGAGGGACCCCCUGGCUACCUCACUGCACCCAGGGAAGUUACCCGCCCAACAGGUGAAACGGCUGGAGCAGGCGCUGCAGAACAACACGCAGUGGCUGGAGAAGCUAGAGAGGACCAUCAAGACGCGCUUGAGGUUGGAGCUGGUGGAGGCCCAGCAGCAAAUGGUCCAGAAUCAGAUGGCCCCCCUGCUGAAGCUGGACACCAGCUUCCUGAACCAGACCACUGCCCAGACCCGCAAGCUGAUAGACAUGGAGGCUCAGUUCCAGAACCAGACAUCAAGAAUGGACGCCCAGAUGCUGAAGACCCUCCUGUCCACCGACAAGCUGGAGGACCAGCUACUGCUGCAGAGGCAGAAGCUCCAGCAGCUUCAGCCCCAAAACAGCACGCUAGAGGCGCGGUUGCAGGCCCUGGAAAUGAAGCGGCAGGAGGAGCUGGCCAGCCUCCUCAGCAAGAAGGAGCAGCUGCUGAAUGCACUGAGCCGCCAGAGCGCCGCCCUCACCAACAUCGAGCGCGGCCUGCAAGGUCUCAGACACAACUCCAGCCUCCUGCAGGAACAGCAGCACCAACUGCGCCAGCAGCUGGCGGUGUGGCGGGACAGGAUGCAAGAAAGGGCUAAGGCCUCGGCCCCGGCCUUCAUGAUGACAGGUGAGCAGGUGUUCCAGGACUGUGCAGAGAUCCAGCGCUCUGGGGCCAAUGCCAGUGAUGUCUACACCAUCCAGGUGUCCAAUGCAUCGAAGCCCAGGAAGGUGUUCUGUGACCUGCAGAGCAGUGGAGGCAGGUGGACCAUCAUCCAGCGCCGUGAGAAUGGCACCGUGAAUUUCCAGCGGAACUGGAAGGAUUACAAACAGGGCUUCGGAGACCCAGCUGGGGAGCACUGGCUUGGCAAUGAGGUGGUGUACCAGCUCACCAGCAGGGCACCCUACUCUCUGCGUGUGGAGCUGCAAGACUGGGAAGGCCACGAGACCUAUGCCCAGUAUGAGCAUUUCCAGCUGGGCAGUGAGGGCCAGCUAUACAGGCUUUCUCUGGGCGGGUACCACGGCUCAGCAGGGCGCCAGAGCAGUAUGGUUCUGCAAAACACCAGCUUUAGCACCUUUGACUCAGACAACGAUAACUGCCUCUGCAAGUGUGCCCAGAUGAUGUCUGGAGGGUGGUGGUUUGAUGCCUGUGGCCUGUCAAACCUCAAUGGCAUCUACUACCACGCUCCCAAUAACAAGCACAAGAUGGACGGCAUCCGCUGGCACUACUUCAAGGGCCCCAGCUAUUCACUGCGUGCCACCCGCCUGAUGAUACGGCCCUCGGGCAUCUAAUGAGCAGCCAUGCAAGAGGCUGGACCACGCAUGAGGAUCUCGGACUUGGCACUCCCGGACAAUCUGGACCCAGAUGCAGGACACUGUGCCACCAUCUUCCUUGAUCUCUGGGGUCUCCUGAGCCAGCCCUCCUUCCCCCAGAAGUCCAGAAGGGUCAUCUGCCUCCCGACGCCCCUCCGUGUGUGACGUGGAGGGUGUUCGGGGGCCCAUCGCUCUGAUGUAGGCCUCGCUCCUCUUCUCUCCCGCCUCCUGCAGGGACUCCCUGCCAGCUAGAGGGUCGCAAUACCUUGAAUGGGCUGAGAACAGACCAAACUUGGCUCCUCAAAGGAAUACAUGACCAAUGGUGGGUUUGCAGGCAGGUGGGAAGGAAUUCGCACGCCGGAAACUGCCUGGAGAGCCCAGUUUCCAUCCCUGGGGUUGGCAAGAAGGCCAUCUCCCAUUCCUAGCUCCGGUUCCAAGCUUUCCUAGUCUUGAGAUGUCCUUGAACUUUCUUUUCAAGUCUGAAGGGGCUGCAUCCACCCCUUAAUGGGUGGAUUAAUCAUUUCCUCUCUACGCUUCACCACUUCUGGGCUGCAAUGACCCUAGAGCUCAGAGUUUUCAGACUUCACCACUUCUAGGCUCCAGUGUCUGGAGCUCAGGGUCUUUAGGAGGCCUAACAGGACACACUUCUCCAUCUCCAGCAUGCCCUAGAGUAUGUGUCACAGGGAAUGACUAUGGCUUGUCUCUAAAAGUACCUGUGAGCAACGAGAAAAGGAAACAGCAGGUUAAGUCAAAGUGAACAGACAUUCUUCCCUGAAGGACUGAUCAGAGCCUUUAACAUGGCCACGUGCCUUGUGAUGACCCAUGAAGGGGCUAGAGUGGGCAGCUUUCUCCAAAUGUACUUAUUUGAAAAUGGGCUCUGUUUGUCCCAGAGCAUCUCACAGGACUGUAGAUGCCCUUGGGAAAAGCUGGUGCUCUCCGUGGCUAAAGCCCCAUCCCAUCCCCACUCCAGCUAUACUCACCUUUUUUGGCUACAGUGACAGCCUCAAACAACCUCUAAAACAACUGGAAAGAACCUUUCAGUUAAAACAGAUACCACCCCUGUAGAAGGGUCUAGAGCCAAAUCCCUGUCUGUGUUAUAGGCUCAUGUCCUCCAAGGCUCCUUCAAGUCCCAGGAAGCUGGACCUCUACCUGGGUGGCUUCCCUUAAGACUCCCGGUAACCUCAACUCCCCCAGUUCAAGGACAGGAACUGUGAGCCAGGACAUCCAUCUCCAGGUCCAGAUCCUCCCUGCCUCCAAGCUGAAACCCCUAGCCUCCCUCCCCUUCCCCAUCCAGCAGUGAUGCUGCCUCUGUGGUGGUGGUGGGGGAGCUGCAGAGGAGAAGAUCAGCCCUCUGCCUGAGUUUGGGAGACCAGGGCCCUCAUAGCUUCUUUCAGAGGCUGCAGUCAGAAAGGGUCCACAGCCGCUCUGUCACCUGUCCCCAUCACUAUGUCAUGCUUUCAGCCCUGUUGUCAUCGGCCAACACCCAGGGCCAACCAGGCACCCACCUGCCCUACCACCAGGAUGCAUCUCUGUCCUCAGAAGGUUUUCUCCUGGAUGAGACUGGGCCAGUGGGAAUGGGACACCUUCGUCCCCCUGGCUCUGGCUCAGUUCUGAGUCCCACUCUCAGCCGAUCCCUGAGUAAACCCAACAGACUGACUUUGAUCUCA